AUGAAUAUGGCCUCUUCAGACAUCGAGAAGCGGGGCUUGGUGGUCCUGAGGGCAGAACUCAUCCCUCGUUCAGUCAAGCAGGCCCGAUCACGACGGAUUCUCUUGUCUGUCUUGUGGCUCUUCGCUUCACUAUUCGUUACCGGGUUCGUUUUCUAUGCCCUGGGUAUAACAUCAUGUCAGAGAACCGAUGGCUCGACGAUUGCUCCCACAUCAAUCGGAAAAUAUGCCCAUGGAGUUGAAGGACUCGAGACUACCAAGCCAGCCACUCUCGACACUCUCAAAUCCCAGCCAGAAGAAAGGCAGAUUCAAGCAUCCGUCACAACUUCGUCUGCUGCUGCGGAGAAGACGGUCCUCAGAAACUUUGAGGUCGCGCCACCAGUGUUGAUGCCGUAUGGCCCGGCUGAUAGCGAUGGGACGACAGCAAUCCCGGCUGGAUAUACUCAGAAGGCGUGUACCGUGUUGUUGAUGCGUCGUGAUUUUGCUUUCAGCUAUGGAGACCCGUACAUCGGAGACUACACGCCGCCCAGCUGCAAGUUUAACCGGGUGGUGAUGAACUUUACCGUUGUUAGCGAGGGGAGACAGUACGAUCGCCUGGCGUUGAUGUACCUUGGUGAUACCGAAGUUUGGAGAACUUCAACCGCCGAACCGGUAGUCCCUCCCGGCAUCCGCUGGGAAUAUCUCAAGGACAUGACCGAGUACCUCUCCCUCUGGCAGCAAAAGCAAAAGAUCAUCUUCGACCUCGGCAACCUCGUCAACGACAAGUACACGGGCAUCUUCAACACCACCCUCACAGCGACCUUCUUUCACAGCGACGUCGCCACUAACGCCGCACCUCCCAGCGACCUCAUCAUCCCCGUCUCCGCCCGACAGUCCGCCAACAACGGUAUCAGCCAGUUCACUCUCCCCAAGGACAACGCCACCAACACCAUCUCCAACUUCCCGCGCAACGCCCGCCGCGCCGUCUUCUCCGUGUCCGCCAACGGCCAAGGCAACGAAGAGUUUUGGUGGUCCAACGUGCUCCAAAGCGACGCCGAUGCUUUCUCCGACACCGUCGGCGAGUUACCCGGCCUCUCGCCCUUCCGCGAGGUGCAAGUCCUGAUCGAUGGGCAACUAGCCGGCGUCUACUGGCCUUUUCCGGUGAUUUUCACAGGAGGCGUGGUCCCCUCUUUACAUCGCCCCAUCGCUGGCAUCGAGGCGUUUGACUUGAAAGAACACGAAAUCGACGUCACGCCGUGGCUGGCCGUUCUCACGGACGGGAAACCCCAUGAGUUUACGAUCCGGAUAGCUGGUAUCAACGACACCCAAUUCUCGUCUGCCUCCGGCCAGCAUCAAGCGGUACUGACAGACCACGUCAACGAAUCGUGGUACGUCACGGGCAAAAUCUUCAUCUGGACUGAUGGAGCUGGGAGUUCGCAUUCUCGCGGCAAUAACAGGAAACCACCGACCAUCAUCGACGGCCUCACUCCGCAAAUCACUCUCUCCUCUAUCCGUACCCCUUCGACCAAUUCGUCCAAUAGUACAGCCCCAGAAUCAAUAACCUACACCACAUCAGUUACCCGCUCCCUCCGCAUCCGCUCUCCCCUCGGCACCUGGACCCAAACUUUAUCUUACACCAACAAAGGCCUCGUCUCCGCUCAGGGAUAUAACCAGCUAAACGACAUGCUUAUUUCCGGGUCUGAGUCUUCUUCCUCUUUACCCUCCUCUUCCUCUGGCCCUGGCUCCUCUGCUGGUAGUGUAGACUACAAAACCACUUAUACGUAUCCCUUGCUAGCAAAUAGUUCCUACUCCGUCUCGCCCACGGGUAAUCUAAGUAUAUGGGGCCAUCUUGUUCAAGGCAAGACCGUCACACUAGCAGGAGCAUCCGUGUUUCCAGAUUAUGACACCGUUGCUUUUAAUGGGAAUGGUAAACGACCGAAGUAUAAGGAGUCGAGGUUGGAAACGAAAAAGGAGGGAGAGGCGUGGUAUGAGCAGACUGGUGAUGGGAAGAAUAGCACGGGGAGUGGGGACUCGAAGCAGGUUUUUAAGUUUGCGGGGGUUGAGGUGAGGAGUGGAAAAGGGGAGCAAUUGUAUUUUAGGGAUGUGGAAGCUAGAGGUGGGAAGGUGGUUAGAGAUGUUAAGAGGUUGGGUGGGAAGGGGGUUGUUACUGGGUUUGAGGUGGCAGUGGAAGGAGGAGGAGGAAGUGGUAAUGGGGGAGUGUUUGGUGAUGUACCAACGGUCGAUGUUGGUGAGGGAGUCAAGGGGGGUGGAGUGAAAAUGGGAGGAGCGAUGAGGAUGUUUCUGGGUAGGAAUAGGUUUUGA